CCACCCCCAAUAGGCAAUUUCCCAAUUGCUGCUUUUAGCUCAUUUUUAUGUGCUGCAGCUCAGAUUUGUGUGUCUUGCUUUCUCUCUCUAGGGUUGGCUUUUCUCUCUCUCUCUCUCUUCUGCAGGUGUUGAAGAAAUGGUGAGGCAAAAGAUUCAGAUCAAGAAGAUAGAUAACUUGACAGCGAGGCAAGUGACCUUUUCAAAGAGGAGAAGAGGGCUUUUCAAGAAAGCUCAAGAACUCUCCACUCUCUGCGAUGCCGAUAUUGCCCUCAUCGUUUUCUCCGCCACCGGCAAACUCUUUGACUAUUCCAGCUCAAGCAUGAUGGAACUCAUUCAAAGGCAUAACGUGCAAUCGGAAAAGUCCAAUAAAUUACUCGGUAAUACACAGCACCUCCAUAUUCAGACUGCUAGUAGCAACCAUGCAGUGCUCAGCAAGGAACUUGCGGACCGAACUACCGAGCUAAAGCAACUUAUGGGAGAAGAGCUUCAAGAACUUGGCCUGAAUGAAUUGAUGAAGGUAGAGAAAUUAGUGGAGGCGGGAUUAAGCCGUGUCGGGAAAAUUAAGAACGACAAGCUUUUGAAUGACAUCAGCAAGAUGAAGACAAGGGAAUUAGAACUAAUGGAAGAAAAUGAAUGGUUGAAACAACAAGUUGAGAUGCAGAAACCUGGAUGUACGAGAAAUACAACGGAACAAGGAAAUUCGGCGGAGUCUAUCACUAUUUGUCAAAGCUUAGUCCCUUGUCUUGAGGCGGACAAAAGCUUUUCGGAUACUUCUCUCAGGCUCGGCUUACCUUCAUCCAACGGUCACUGAAGAGAGGAGAAAGGCAGUUCAUGAGAAGAAAUGGGUUUUCAUCCCCCCUUUAUUUAAUUUACUAUAUAUAUAUAUAUAAGUUAAUUCAUAGUUUUUUUUUCUCUCUCAAAAUGAAAAUAAAAAUGUGCCUUAUAAUGUGACCUUAUAACUUGUAAUUGUACUAAAUUUACGUCGUUUGUGUAUGUUAUUAUCAUCGAUUUUUGUGAGAUUUGGAAUUCAAGCGUCUCUUAGAUGCACAAUCGGUGAGAUGCAUAGGGGGGUUUUUAACAUUUGAUUUAUACGCAACGAGCAAUUCUUCCCGUGUGAUGCACGAGGAUAACAUUGCAAAAUGGAAGAUUUUUUUUUUUAU